AUUAGAACGUUGCAAUUUGCUCAAUCAGACAGUGUCAUUGUCAUUGUGGACAUUUCAUGGUUGACGUUUGAAAAGUCAUCUCGUCCGUUUUUUCCGGUUUUAUGGAUAUCUGGUCAUGGCUGCAGGAAGUGGCUCUCUUGAUCGUAGUGUGCAAAAUAUCAGCCGCAGACGGUGACUUCCUUGAGAACAUCCGGCCGAAAGCAGACAAUCCGCCGGAGUUGAAUGACUUCUUAAAUAACGUCCUCGAUCACAAAAGCGACUUCUACUUCGUUAAAGAAGUCGCGAGAAAAUACCAAAAAAUGAAAAAGGACACGCACCUCAUGGACAGUCUUGACGAAAUCCCCCACCCGUUUGACUACGACAAUGGCUUUUCCCGCAGAUACAAAUUUGACGAUAAACGACACGUUCACCACCAUCACAAAAGACUCAAAAACGUGGGUUUUAUCCAACCCAGCUUCCCCCGAAACAAAGUGCACAGAAUCAGAAGAGCAAACCCGGAAGAACAAAACGCAAACAAAGAAAAACGCUCACCUGUGGGAAUUGUAAUGUUGGAAAAACCACAACAAGACACCGUCCAUAAACGCAUGCCAGUGGGAAAACGAGAAAAGCACAUCCCGUCAAACAUUUUCGUAGAACCGGAAGCCGAAAGGCUUGGGAAACGCACACCGGAAAUCAGCGUCGAAUCGGAGGGCGAAAAAGGCGAAAUUCAAGCCGGCGGUACCAAAAUAACCACAAAAGAGAAAAAAGAAGCAAUAGACUUGAAUGAAGCAGUGCAUAGAACUUACAAAAGUAAUCAAAAAAAUCGGGUGCAGACUGAUAAUAGAAACAGACAGAACGAUUUUUACUACGUCGAUUUAGGAAAUGCUGCUGAGAAGGCAAUGGAUCGGGACGAAAGGAGGAGGUACGAGUGGUCUCCCGAAAAAGUUUACUACCGCUCCGGUCAUGACCGGCCAUUUAAGGCAAAACCACACGAUGAACAUCUUGAUUAUAACUACGAUAAUUCACCGCAUCGUUCAUUGGACGAUGAAAUCGCGUUUGAGAAAGCUCUAAGCUACGAACUUAACCCGAGAUAUGAAGAGACUCAAAGCAGAUACAACAACCCACAGGGAAAUAACUUAUAUUCCGUUGAUGAAGGACGUCCUGAUGUUAUAGAAGCAGUUAAUCAGCCUCCAGGAAGAUUCGAUUACCCAGAUCGGGAACAAGCAUCCAAUGAGAGGUUUUUUAUUAACAGCAAAAACGCCAUGCAUGGAGCUGAAAGUACCACUGAGGGUACGACUAAGACCACCGAAACUUUCGAAGACAGUGGCAGAAACCAAGUGAAACAUAUCGGAAACGGGUUUAUUGAAAUCACGAAAACUAAGCGAGAGAUAGGGCAGGAAGGGUUGGCGGAUAGUAACGAAAAAAAUGCCAUGUCUCUCAGCGGCGAAAACGUGGAAGAAAAAAGUAAAGAUAAAGCCAAAGACCAGUCAUCAAUUAUGUUCAAGCACUCACUUCAUCCUCUGAGAGUAAGAGAUGUCAGCCAAGUGGAAAACCCGCCAGUUUCUGAAGACGAAAAGUUUAAAAGUCGUAAACUCAAAUUUAUUGACGCACAAAUGGCAAAUCUCUACGACCAGGAGGAAAAUUACGAGGAUGUGCCUAGUCGGCCUAAACGUGAUUUCCUUGAUGCUUUAGGAAUGAAGAAUGAAGAGGAUUAUUCGGAGGAUAAUCCUUAUAGAGAUGAGAUGAUUACUAAUAAUACUGACGUCAACAAUGACACACAUAUUCACGAACAUACCACUGGCAGUCAUUGUGGGUUUACUAAAACUACGACAUCAUGCCCUCAUGAGAAAGACGAUGUCAAAAACAUAAAAACAAUUCUGGAGGAACCAAAAGCCAUAAGUGCGCAAAAAAAGAAGAAAAAGGAUAAACGAAUGCAAAGUCAAAAACACUUGGCACAAUUGAAGGAUUUCGACGAUCUGUUAGAGAGACGGGUUAGAGACACAGACGUCGAAACUAAAGUUUUCGAAAACAAGGACAGAAUCUAUAACCCGCACGAGUCCGCCCGUAGUCACCGAAAAGUCAGUUUUGUUCAAAGGCGCCAUAUGUUUCCAAACCGAGUGAAAUAUAAGAAAAAAGAAGUCAAAAAGUCGAUCGCAACCGAUCACCGAAUUCACAAAAAAGAGGACAGUGACUGUCUAGCAACUCGUGUUACCGAUGUCCCGGAAGUGACCACCGAAGGCGGCAACUGCACAAGUUCAAAUUCAAGUGGUUCCGAUUACGAAAAAGUGGCGCACCAGAUGGACAUAGAGAACGAGAAAUUGGCCCAAGUGGUGAACGGACGUCUGGCGUCCAAAAUUGUGUCUACGGUUUUCGACGAACUGAAGAAAAAGUCGUGUCUGAAGGCAAAAUUCUAUUCGGGGUUGUCCCGAAAACACGUCAAUUUUGCCGGAACGAUCGACUUUGAUAUUUUUAAAGCAAACGAGACUGAGGAUGUGAGCGAAGCACGACUGCUCCUUGACCAAAUCACCAAAGUGCUCAAUCGGUUGGUUUUGAACCAAGUCAGGCGUAAGUUAUGCCAGCGGUUGCCCGAGGAGCUGAAGGAAUACCUCGAUGUUGUGCUUAAUGUUAAAAACACGCUCGAGUCAAAUAAUUUCGUACCGAAUGCAAAUCAAGGCGAUUUCUUGUUUACGUACCAGGACCGGAAAAAUAUUCCUUUCGAUAUGAAUCGAAUCCAGCAAACUUUAACGGAACUGCAGACGCUUCUCUCAAAUUACAAACACUUGAAUGAGGAGUGUCAAGGUCGCGCUGAGCCUGUUAAGGAGUACAUAGAACAACAUGUGCAGCUGUUGGAAAAAGUGAAAAAUUGUCCGGAUCACAUGUGUGAUAAAUUGGGUGAAACUAAGCGAGACACUCCAGCUUCGCACGAUUUGGUUGAAAAGCAGCUUGAGAGUUUGGGUUUGGGGAGAAGUCACGACUUCGUUCCGAAUUUUGACGUGAACAGGAUGGUGAAGAACCGACUGGAGAGUUCAGGUUGGAAGACCGAUAAAAAACGGGAUCUCGCCGGGAAAAGCGACUUCACGAGUCGACAAUUUCAAAAAUUGCAACUUGCUGCCCAAAAAGUUAGAGAGAAGAGAGAGAAUGACAAGAAGAUUGCGGAAUUGUUCGCUGGUCAGAAGAAUAAGAAGAGAUCGGUGAAAAAGCUCGACGUGGAUUUUGAAGAUCCAGUCGUGUAUAGUUUAGGAUAAAUUUUGUUUUACACUUUUACACCAAAUAUACUUUAUUGCCGAUCG